AUACAUAUUACCAAACAAGGUGACCUCUAUCGAAAGUAUUGUCUACUUCUUCUGAACAACUCCGUAUAUGUAUGUUAUGAAUAUUAUGAGUCUGUCCGGUAUAAUUUCCAAAAUGAAAAUUUACCUAAGGGGUGGUCUCAGACGCUUUACAUGAACCUUAAGGUCAAGGUGCAUCUUCAUUGAUGGCAGCUCUUAGACACAAAUGAAUGGUGAAACGGGCGAGUUGUAUUCUUUAAAUAAGUUCAUUAAAUUCAAUUCAGUGAUAAAAAGAAUCUAAGUAAUAUUGUAAGAAUGAUUGAAAAUGCGAUCAUAUUGUAGUCAACAGGUCAAUUAGAUUGAGCGUGCACAUAAUGUCUGGUCUGCCAGGGCUGUUGAAAAUGCUGCUUGCAUGUUUAAUUUGAACCACAAGUAAUAUUUUUAUAUUGUGAAAGCAAGUGUAAACAUUCAAAUAUUUAUUGAUUAUUUUCCAUUCUUUAGCCCGUUUUAUUUUAUUUUUACAAGUACAAGCACCCGGCUAGCUCAGUUAAUAAGAAAAAAAAAUAUGGGCAAAUUAUUAAUGGGGCGCUGUGAGUUGUUUUUCGUUCUUCAUAAGUUUUCAAAGCGGCGCUGUGGGCUAAACCAUUGAGCUAUUGUACCUUUUAUUGUACCUUUCGGUGUAAUGACUGAAAUGUCAGCAUGAUUGCUCGGUUGCGGAAUUGUUUUUCCAUAUGUGCUAUUAGCUUAUAAUAAAAAGAAAAAAAAAGAAUUAUAUAUACUGCUGCCCAGUACGACAGUAUGUAAUGAUAAAUAUAUAGGCUGAUUAUAAGCUUGUAAGCGUGCGUUAGCAGGGGUAUAAAUAAGCGGGGCCCAGUAGCCCUUGGCCAUAGAUUUUUGGCUGGGCCCCUAAAUUGUAAAAUGUUGUAUAAAAUGCCCUUAUACCCAAUGUUUAACGUUUAUUUCGGACAGUCUGGGCCCCUAAAUAAAUAUAGCUAGUUUAUAUUCCUGGUUUGGAAGAAAACUUGCCUGCAGCCACGUCUUCUUAAUCUGUGCAGCUAUGUACUUUUGUUGUGGGGGCACAAGUACAUGCUUUAUAUUGGUUUAAGGGGUAAAAUAAAGUAAAACCCCUUAACUGUUUCAGGUAGCCUUGACAAUAAAAAAUGUCGGCUAGUGUCGUCUCCAACGGCUUCCUUUGACAGGCCUGCACUUAUAUACUUCAAGGUAAAGUAAGCCCCCAACGUCGAGAGUUGCAAAGUAAAAAAAAAUGUCUUUGCUAAACCUCUAACAACCAGGGUCCCGCCAAAGAGGACCCCCUUGAAGAGUAUCCGUCUGUUUUGUCAGUGCAGGUCUGUGAUUGGGAUAUAACUAUAUGCGCAGUAAGAGUGCUGUAUCCUUUUGUCAUUUGAACAAGUAGGUUUUAGUUAAAAAGUUAAAAAUAGCAAAAUUCGUACAAGAAAAUUUUGUAUAUAGCUAAUUUGAGGUCCGCACAUAAGGGCAUGACAGUUUGGAUUCAUGUUUAAUUGGUAUUUUUGCAUGAUUCGGGCAUAGUAUGUUGUCUUGACCUGUCCAUUCAAGUGCAUUGUCAUAGAUAGUUUUAAUGUUCAGCUCUUUCAUUAUUGUUCGUGCUAAUUUAAGGAAAAUACCUCCAAAUCAACAUUAAAAGUUAAAAUUGUAAAACAAAUUGUCGUUGUUAUAUGGUAUCAGAAAUGAUAUGGGUGACUACACUUCCAUGGUACGUAUGUCUGACAGCCAGAUUGUAUCUUCCAGCCACCUUACAGGUCCUUUUCUCAUCGGAGUUUUGUUUUCCAAGGAGUAUCACAUAUAAGAUCAUUACCGUAAUCUUACAUCCGCUGUGCUGCUGUUUCAUUCAUAUUUUUCAGCGGCAUUGGCUAAAUAAUUGCCGUCACAGUUCCAUCGAUUGGCACAACGGUUCACAAUGUUCUUACUGUCGUCAUGUUUCCAGUGAUUGUCUUUAUGGGUUGUACACCUCUGGUGUUGAUUGACGUCCCAUCAAAAUCUAGAUGAGCAUUCAUUUAACAGGAUGAUUCGUAUCUGCAGCCAUUUAUUGCAGUGAAACAUCUCUAUUUUAGAAAAGACAUCGGGUUUCAAAGUGCUGUAAACUUUAGGAAUACGUCACUGUCCAGUUUUGAUGUGAGGAGACCGGAGGGUUGUUGUUAUAAACACUGAAGGAAUAAAUAUGGCAACAAAAACAGGAACAGCAAAGACAGAAAGAAAGAGUAAAAGCGGGAAGGUUGUUGUGGCAGCCGUAGAUUUUGGUACCACGUUUUCUGGUUAUGCAUUUUCAUUCAGCCAUGACUAUGAAGGUGAGCCGACAAAAGUGUCGGCAAACACGAGCUGGGUGGCCGGAUCUGCCGGGCUGAUGUCACUGAAAACUCCAACAAUUCUUCUUCUUGAUAAUAAUAAAAAGUUCGUUGCCUUUGGAUACGAAGCAGAAGAGAAAUAUUCGGAAAUUGCAGCAGACGAAGAACAUAAGAAAUAUUACUACUUCCGGAGGUUCAAAAUGCUACUGCAUAAAGUAUCGGGUCAGUUGACGAGGGAUGUAAUGAUACCAGACGACAAAGGACGACAGAUGGCCGCCUUACUCGUCUUUAGUAUUUCCAUCAAAUAUCUUAAAGAUCACCUGAUGGAUACACUAGGCAAGCGUAUGACAGGGAUCUUACCAGGCGACAUAAAAUGGGUAUUGACCGUACCUGCCAUCUGGAGUGAUGGAUCAAAGCAGUUCAUGAGAGAGGCUGCCGAAAAGGCCGGAAUCAAGAAAGAGAGCCUGAUUAUCGCCCUUGAACCGGAAGCUGCGUCAUUGUUCUGCAUGCACCUUCCAGUUGACAAGUUGUCUACCGGUCAGGAGUGCGGGACAAAGUCUCAGCAAAUUUCGCCUUUUGCGAAGGGAACAAGAUACAUGGUAGUGGAUGUUGGAGGUGGAACUGUUGAUAUAACUAUACAUGAGGUUGUAGAUGACGAAAAACUGAAGGAACUGAACUACGCUAGUGGAGGGGCCUGGGGUGGAACUUGUGUCGAUAGGGCUUUUGAGAAAUUUCUACGGGGGAUACUUGACAUAGAACAGAAGAACAAGAAAGACGAAAAGACGGUUUUCGACAAAUUUAUGCAGGAAGCAAAGGAAGAUUGGGUUGACCUUUUCAGGGAGUUCGAGACUAAGAAAAGAGGCAUAAAGGCCAAAGGGGCUGGCGAUGAGCGAUCAAAAGAGACAAUAAAAGUUCCCGUUAGACUUGCUGAGAUUUUCAGAGAAUCUACGGGAAAAGUACUGAAGGAUUACAUUAAAACAAAGAAAGAGUAUGCUGACAAAGUUACCUGGGCCGGAGACAAAAUGAGAGUUGAGGCGGGAAUAUUUAGGUCAUGGUUCAACGAAUCUUGCGACAAUACGGUAAAACAUGUCAAAGAAAUCUUCAAGCAAAAGUCAAGCGCUGGAACAAACACCAUUCUUUUAGUCGGCGGGUUUUCCGAGUCUCCUAUCUUACAAGAAGCCAUAAGGAAAAAUUUCCCAGACAAAAGGUUGAUUAUCCCGGAAGAAGCGGGAUUAGCAGUUUUGAGAGGUGCUGUCAUUUUUGGACACAAUCCAGUGACAAUUGUUUCACGUAUUGCCAAAUGUUCCUAUGGUAUUCGCGUGUAUAGGGAUUUCCAAGAUGGCGUCCAUCCAUCGAACAAGAAGGUGAAGAUUGGAGGAAAAAUUAAAUGCAAAGAUGUGUUUGCUGUCCACGUUAAAAAGGGUCAGGAACUCAUUGUAGGCGAGGCGCAAUCGAAACAACGCUAUACACCACUAGAAGCAGACCAAAUAUCGUUAGUUUUCGACAUUUACACGUCGACUGAAGAAGACCCACAAUACGUUACUGAUGUAGGCAGCGAACACGUAGGUCAACUUGAAGUUGAGGUUCCUGACCUUUCUGGUGGGAAAGAACGUGGAGUUUGGGUUCAGAUGAUUUUUGGAGGGACAGAAGUCACAGUCGAAGCUAGGGAAGAAAAGACAAAUAAACUUACCAAAGCCAACUUUGACUUUUUGCUCACUAAUGAGAAUGCAAGCGAUUCUGCUUAAAACCUAAAAAAUGUCAAAAAGACAGACAAACAAUAUAUCAAGUACAUACUAUAUUUAUACAUGUUAUUCAACAUGCAAUACAUGUUCGUCCUGAUAAACUAUUUGUAAUUCCUUUUAAGAGUAAAUGGAAUACGUUUGUGAUACGCACAUUUUUAGCUCACCUGUCACAAAGUGACAAGGUGAGCUUUUGUGAUCGCGCGGUGUCCGUCGUCCGUCGUCAGUGCGUCCUUGCGUGCGUCCGUAAACGUUUGCUUGUGACCACUCUAGAGGUCACAUUUUUCAUGGGAUCUUUAUGAAAAUUGGUUUGAAUGUUCACCUUGAUGAUAUCUAGGUCAAGAUCGAAACUGGGUCACGUGCCAUCAAAAACUAGGUCAGUAGGUGUAAAAAUAGAAAAACCUUGUGACCUCUCUAGAAGCCAUAUAUUUCACAAGAUCUUCAUGAAAAUUGGUCAGAACGUUCACCUUGAUGAUAUCUAGGUCAAGUUUGAAACUGGGUCACGGGCCAUCAAAAACUAAGUCAGUAGGUCAUAUAAAAGAAAAACCUUUUGACCUCUUUAGAGGCCAUAAAUUUCACAAGAUCUUCAUGAAAAUUGGUCAGAACGUUCACCUUGAUGAUAUCUAGGUCAAGUUUGAAACUGGGUCACGUGCCGUCAAAAACUAGGUCAGUAGGUCAAAUAAUAGAAAAACCUUUUGACCUCUCUAAAGGCAAUAUUUUUCAUGGGAUCUGUAUGAAAGUUGGUCUGAGUGUUCAUCUUGAUGAUAUCUAGGUCAAGUUCGAAACUGGGUCACGUGCGGUCAAAAACUAGGUCAGUAGGUCUAAAAAUAGAAAAACCUUGUGACCUCUCUAGAGGCCAUACUUGUGAAUGGAUCUUCAUGAAAAUUGGUCAAAAUGUUCACCUUGAUGAUAUCUAAGUCAAAUUUGAAACUGGGUCACAUGAGCUAAAAAACUAGGUCAGUAGGUCAAAUAAUAAAAGAAACCCUUGUGACCGCUCUAGAGGCCAUACUUUUCAUGGGAUCUGUAUGAAAGUUGGUCUGAAUGUUCAUCUUGAUGAUAUCUAGGUCAAGUUUGAAACUGGGUCACGUACCUUCGAAAACUAGGUCAAUAGGUCAAAUAAUAGAAAAACCUUGUUACCUCUCUAGAGACCAUAUUUUUCAAUGGAUCUUCAUGAAAAUUGGUCAGAACUUUUAUCUUGAUAAUACCUAGGUCAAGUUCAAAACUAGGUCACUAUGUCAAAUAAAAGAAAAAACGACGUCAUACUCAAAACUGGGUCAUGUGGGAAAAGGUGAGCGAUUCAGGACCAUCAUGGUCCUCUUGUUAUAAAUAAAUAAAUAAAUGUU